AUGUCCUUCAAUGAAGGGGACGCCAGGGGAGUGAAGCAGCCUCACAAUGAUCCUUUGGUCAUAAUGUUGAAUAUAGAGGGAUUCAAUACCAAGAGGAUCCUCGUGGACAACGGUAGCUCCGCAGACAUCAUCUACCUCCCUGCCUUCCAGCAGCUGAAGCUAGAUCCAAGGAGACUACUCCCAUUUGACUCUCCCCUCGUUAGUUUCAGUGGAGACAGGGUAUACCCCAGGGGCAUAGUGACGUUGACAGUGACGGUAGGGAUGUACCCGGUGCAGUUAACCCGUCAGUUAGACUUCCUAGUGGUGGAUUGCCCCUCAUCCUACAAUGUCAUCAUUGGGAGGCCCACACUCAACAAAUGGAAAGCGGCCACGUCCACCUACUGUUUGAAGGUGAAAUUCCCAACAGAUAAUGGUGUCGGCGAAGUAAAAGAAGAUCAAGUCCUGGCCAGAGAAUGUUAUCAUGCCAUCUUGGAGAACCACAUGUGGAUGAUUGAAGAGAAGGAAGAAGACAAAAUGGAAGCCCUGGAAACAGUGGAAUUGGCUGAAGGAGAAGCGAACAAGACGACAAAGAUAGGGGCGACGCUAAGCCCUGAGAUGAGAACAAGACUCAUCCAAUUCCUUAAAGAAAAUCUAGAUGUCUUCGCAUGGAGCCACGAGGACAUGCCGGGCAUAGCUCCAGAAGUCAUCCAGCAUAAGUUGAAUGUGAACUCGGAGCGGAAACUCGUCCAGCAAAGACGAAGAGUCUUCGCCCCAGAACGAGAUCAAGCAGUUGCAGAUGAAGUUACCAAACUCUUGAUAGCAGGGUUCAUCCGGGAAGUGUACUAUCCUGAAUGGCUCGCAAAUGUCGUCCUAAUAAGGAUGGCUAAGGAAGACCAGGAGAAGACUGCUUUCAUCACGAGUCAAGGACUCUAUUGUUACAAGGUAAUGCCUUUUGGAUUAAAGAACGCUGGAGCUACGUAUCAGAGGCUGGUGAACAAAAUAUUCAGUCAACAAAUUGACAGGAACAUUGAAGUAUACGUGGAUGAUAUGCUCGUCAAGAGUAAGGAAGAACUCACACAUCUGGACGACCUGUAG